AUGACGAAGCCUAGUAAUAAAAACAAAACAAAAAGCAAAGAUAUUAACAGGAGAGCGUUGCCCGUCUCGUCCUCUUCGAGUAACUCGGAGGGGGCGCCGGACAGCGACUCCGACAGGGGGACGAUAAGGUCCCGGAGUCCCCUUAAUGGCAGCAAGGGAAGCCUCAGUAAUCCCGCUGUUGUUAAGGAUGAGAUCCUCCGGGAUGUAAAAUUGAGGAUAGUGAAAGAGCUCAGACUGACCGUGAUAACCCCGUCAUCUCAGGCAACUGUCAUCGAAGGCCCAAAGGAGACGGAGGGGACAGUGGAGCGUACCGCGAUCAAGCGGCCCGCAUCCGCGGCCUCUCCAGCGACACAAGAAGGCGUCGUGGACCUCGAGGACCCCAUUGAGGAAUUCCAGACGGAGGACUCCGACGAGGACUACGUGGAUAUCCCACCCGAGACUACAGAUGUCGGCCCCCCUAAGGUCAAGCGACCUAGAGGAAGGCCCGCCGUGACCAGGCGCUACGUCGGUGCAUAUAAGGCCAGACGGAAGGCCGCGGAGGCUCAGGAGAGAUAUAACCUGAGCCUAGCGGAGCGAGAAUUUUAUGAGGACAACGCGCAGAGGAGGCGGGAGACGGCCUCCUACGCGAUAACGCUUGAUGAGCGGGGCGUGACUGGCAAGGAGGCCAAGAGGGCUAUCCUUGUCAGGCGUAUCGAGGACGCAGCCAAAACGGCCAGGAUGGUUUCUCUCAAGUCCGGAAACCUGAAGGGCACGUUCCGGAAGGCGCUCAAAAUCCUGGCGGAUAACAUCGCCGAGGAUUUGAAGGCACUGGGGCCCCUGUCUGCCAAUGAGGAAGUGCGGAGGUUGGAGCGAGAUAAGACCAGCCUCCGCGAGGAAAUGACCCAGCUCAGGGCUGAGGUCGCCUCCCUCAAGAAAAGCCUCUCCGAGGGGCAACCAUUGUGCGAGGAGGUUCUCCCCCCCCCCUUAGUUCGCGGCGGCGACGAGGCGGCUUCCCGUCCGUCACGCAAGGCGAAGAAGCGGAGGACACAAGGGAGUGAACCGACUGUGGCCUCCCCUGGUUGGGAACGAGAGCCGCUCGCGGCCUCCACUGCUGGCGAGUAUUCUGGCGCGACCUGCCCCCCGAUCCCGGCCACAGGGGAUUGGAUGGAGGCACUUGCGGCGCGCAUAACGAGGCAGGUGGGAGAUUUGAUGAGUGCGAGGUUUGCGGUUGUCGAGUCUCGCCUCCCCCCUGAGGAGAUCCUCCGUCCCCCCUUCGUUGCCUCAAGGAGGAACGGCGCUGGGCCGAUGGCGCUCCCCUCGGUUAAAGAGGGAAGGUCCAAGUUGACCCCGCCGGUGGCCACCAAAUCUGGGAAGGGGCAGAAUAAGUCCCAAUCCCAGCCCCAGCCUCAGCCGGCACGGCCCGAAUCUCUGGCCCGUGCUCAGGUGAAAGCUGGAGAGAGCCUCGACAGCGACAAUCUGUCGUUUGUGGAGGUUGUUAAGAGGAGUGGGAGAAAGAAAGGGGCGAUAACUGCUCCUACGGCUCCUCCUCCACCCGCCAAAGGGCAGCCCGGGGGGGUUGCCGCCAAACCGAAGGCGGCGCCCUCUAACAAAAAAGGGCUGCCCGCGGGGGCUCCUAAAACGGCCUCGGCGGCCAAUAAAAAGGCCCCGCUGCGAGGUCCAAGGUGGAUCUUGCGGCCUUGGAAAUUGACCACCUCCGCAUGCGGAGGGCGGUCACCGGGGGCAUCAUUCUUGAGGCCCCCGGGGAAGAGAGGUGCCUCCAAGGCGGACAAGUUGGCCGAAGAGCUGGUUGCCGCUCUUGGGGACAGUGGAGUGAAAGUCUCCAGGCCGGUGCCCACGUCUGAAGUCAGGGUAGCCGGCUUGGAUGACUCUGUCACCGCGGCUGAGGUGGCUGCAUCUAUUGCGGUGGCGGGGGGCUGUGCCGCGGCGGACAUUCGGGUCAACGGGCUCAGGCCUGGAACGGGCGGGCUUCACGGAGCGUGGGCCCGGGUCCCCAAGGCCGCCGCUCUCAAGGCGGCCAAGACGGGAAGACUGAGGGUCGGAUGGACGAUGGCCCGGGUGGAGCUGUUAGAAGCCCGCCCGAUGCAGUGCCAUCGCUGCCUUGAGGUGGGGCACGUCCGCAAUAAGUGCCCCUCAGAAGUGGACCGUAGCGGACUCUGUUACCGCUGCUGUCAGGAGGGUCACCUCGCGGGGACGUGCCAGGCUCCCCCAAAGUGCCCGAGGUGCGAGGCGCACGGUCGCUCCUCCUAUCACAGGAUGGGAGGAAAGGCCUUCGUGGCUACACCCCCUUCUAAGAAGAGGGACGGCCAGGCCAAGUCAACGGUCUUGGGCACCGGGCGCGGCAGCGGUGGCUGCGCCAGAGAAAGGCGGCGGGAAGACGGCGACCAGCACCGUCUCUCCUGCCGUGGGAGAGGGAGCUGCUGCACACUCUCCCAUGGAGGUAGUAAGGAGGAGGCCAUGGAGACCGGUAAGUAA